AUGGCUUCUCUCCGAUCCACCUCCUCACGGCUUCUUGCCGCUGCUCGCCCAUCCCUGAGCCUCCGGCCCGCGAUGGGCGUUCGCUCAAUGGCCUCCGUCAGCGAGCCAGCCCCGACUCCCGAGGCCAACAUGAAGAGCUUCCAGAUCUACAGGUGGAACCCUGACAAGCCGACCGAGAAGCCCAAGAUGCAGACCUACACCCUCGACUUGAACAAGACCGGUCCCAUGGUUCUCGAUGCCCUCAUCCGCAUCAAGAACGAGCUCGACCCUACUCUGACCUUCCGAAGGAGUUGCCGAGAGGGUAUCUGCGGUAGCUGUGCCAUGAACAUCAACGGCACCAACACCCUGGCCUGCCUGUGCAAGAUUCCUAAGGAGACCAACGCCGACAUGAAGAUCUACCCCCUCCCCCACACCUACGUCGUCAAGGACUUGGUCCCCGACUUGACGCACUUCUACAAGCAGUACAAGUCUAUCAAGCCCUACCUGCAGAGGGACACCCCCGCUCCGGAUGGCAAGGAAUACCGACAGACCAAGGAGGACCGAAAGAAGCUCGACGGCCUCUACGAGUGCAUUCUCUGCGCCUGCUGCUCGACCUCGUGCCCAUCUUACUGGUGGAACUCGGAGGAGUACCUCGGCCCUGCUAUCCUGCUUCAGUCCUACCGCUGGCUCGCCGACUCUCGUGACGAGAGGACUGCUGAGCGCAAGAGCGCCCUGGAGAACUCGAUGAGCCUGUACCGUUGCCACACCAUUCUCAACUGCACGAGGACAUGCCCCAAGGGCCUGAACCCCGGUCUCGCCAUUGCCGAGAUCAAGAAGUCGAUGGCUUUCUAG